CAGCUGAUGCUGAUUGUUUUAUACGCUGCACUGUUGUAGGUUAGUGAAACGUUCAACGUCAUGGCAAAGUAUAUCGCACAAAUUAUUGUGCUCGGUGGACAAGCCAUCGGACGAGCGUUUGCCAAAGCUCUAAAGCAAGAGAUUGCCGCUUCACAGGAGGCCGCCAAACGAGCCGGUGGAGGUAGACAAGGAGACAAGAGUGCAGAGUCUAACUUGCGCACGGGUAUGACGCUGGAGGAGGCCAAACAAAUACUAAACGUGGAAGACCUCAAAAGUGUAGACUGCAUUACGAAGAACUACGAACAUUUGUUUAACGUUAACGAACGCAGUAAAGGAGGCUCAUUUUACAUACAAUCCAAAGUCUUCAGAGCCAAGGAACGUCUGGAUCAAGAACUCAAUGCGCAACAACAAAAUCAAAAGCCAAAGGCUGAAGAACAGGCGGCGGCAGAGGAAGCGCCUCAGAGCAGGGCAAGGCAAAGGCGUUGAGCGAUUUUUGUGCUUUCUACCUCUAAACGAAGCUAGUUGUAGUUCGUAAUUGAUUAAAAUAGUUGUUAAGUAGAAGAAAAGACGGCGUUUCAUGUUUUCCAUUCUGUAAAUAGAUUUUGUUUAAUAAACAAAAAUACUGCUUAUUGGAA